AUGCAUAGUUGCCUUCGCCGUCUAUCUGAUCACACAAUUCAUCUUCUCCUCACAGCUACUCUCACACCUGAAGCUCCAAUUUCACGGUCAUUCGAUUUCGUUUCUGUGAAGCUCCAUUCCGAUGCACCGUGCAAAGUACAUUUAUCUUCGGGCGUGUUCCACUCACCGGAGGCUUUCGACUUGGACUAUGAGAAGAUGGAGGAGGAGUUCAAGGUUUUUGUGUACCCUGACGGAGAUCCUGAGACCUAUUUCCACACGCCGAGGAAACUCACCGGGAAAUACGCAAGUGAAGGCUAUUUCUUCAAGAACAUCGGAGAAAGUCGGUUCUUCACUCGUGAUCCUCAACGAGCUCACCUCUUCUUCAUUCCCAUUUCUUGCCACAAAAUGCGAGGCAGAGGGUUGACUUACGAGGGUAUGACUUAUGAAGUCGAGAAGUAUGUGGAGAGGCUAAAAUUCAAGUACCCUUAUUGGAACAGAACCUUAGGUGCUGAUCACUUUUUUGUGACUUGCCACGAUAUUGGUCUCGAGGCUACUAAAGGAGUUCCACAUCUGGUGAAAAAUUCGAUUCGAGUGGUUUGUUCAUCUAGUUAUGACGAUGAUUAUAUUCCACAUAAGGAUGUUACCCUCCCUCAAGUUCAGCUUCCAUUUUUACACCCUGCAGGGGGGAAUGACAUAAAGAACAGGAAUUCACUUGCUUUCUGGGCUGGUCGUUCUGAUUCUGAAUUGAAGGAUGAACUUGCAGCUAUGUGGGACCAUGAUACUGAACUUGACAUCCAGAACAACAGAAUUGAUCUUCGAGCUACUGGGCCUAUUGUAUAUAUGGAGAAACUUUAUAAGUCCAAGUUUUGUUUGUGCCCUCAUGGGCCAGUCGGUAGCAGCCGUAUCGCAGACUCGAUCCAUUAUGGGUGUGUUCCAGUCAUCAUGUCAAACUAUUAUGACUUGCCUUUUAAUGAUAUCCUGGAUUGGAGGAAAUUUUCUGUUAUACUGAAGGAAACUGACGUCUAUCAGCUGAAAGGCAUUCUCAGAAACAUAUCUGAGAAACAUUUCAUGACAUUGAACCAAAACUUAGUGCAGGUCCAGAAGCAUUUCAACUGGAAUACACCACCAGUCAGGCUAGAUGCUUUUCAUAUGGUCAUGUACGAACUCUGGCUACGCCGCCAUCUGAUUAGGUAUUGA